UUCUCCCCUCUACGCUCGCCUUUGUGAAACUAUUCUGUGUCUUCGUCUCGUUUUUAUAUGGUGACUUCCCCUGCCGUGUAAAUAACCGAAUAAGGCUGUGUACAGUGGUUUUAUCCGUUUGCAUCCUGAUUAUACAUACAUAUAUAUAGACGUGUAAAAACCAGUCCUGGAGACGCUUUGGACUGACCAAUUUCGAUACGAGUCACAUAAAUGCAUGUGAACAAAAGGCCGUAACAUAUCUUCCCUACAAGAAAUCAGUUUUUCUCAGUGUUUUUAUGUGUAAUGAAGUGGGUGGGAGGUGAUUCUCAAGAAACUCCUGCUUCUGGUUUGGGAAUGCUGGGCAACGGAAGUCAUGUCCCACUGCAAACUGUGCCUGAAAUGGCUCGCCCAGUAUCUUCACGUUCUCAAGAUGAUGCUAUGGUAUCCUACAUCUUUCAAAGACCUCAGACUGAUGGCAACUUUCAAGCCUUCAGCAAGCAUCAGUCUAGAUGGUUGGGCGAUGAGAGUAUAGCAGAGGUCAAGCCAGGUCUUGCCAAUGAUGCCGCACAGGCAUCAGCUUCUCAGCCAAGCACAGUCAACAGCCAGCAACGGAGCCAGUUUGAUCAGAUUGCACCUUCGGCCAAGAAGCUGUGGGGAGUCGAAGAGCAGAAGGAAGACACUAAAAGUAGCUUGUUUAACAUCAGUGAUCAAACUUGGAGAGACUCAACGUGGAGCAACUCGACUAUCGAUCAUGCUGUUUCACAGCCCAUCUCGAUGGGUCACGGUCCCAGACGUUCUGGCAGCUUUCCCGGCAGCGAGGUGGCCAAUGUUUUGUCACCUCGAUCUUCUGAAACGGGUGGUCUUGGCGUCAAGAUGGUCGAGUACGUCCUCGGCACAUCGCCCACCAACAAAGAUCUAGAGAGUCGAAUGAGAGGGUUGGUCCUCAAUCCGACCGAGGAUAAAGAUAAGAAGGAGAAAGCCUCAUCGCCUUCUCCUCUUCAAGACAUGGAGGGUAACACCAAUGGUGGGCCAGCUCAUUCUCAUGCGAUGAUGUUGUCAAAUGGCCUGGCUUCAGACGAUGACGCCAAGGCUUUCAAAUAUGCAUCGGAAGCGGCUACCAAUGGUUUGCCCUAUCACAUGAACGUGGACGCGUAUAGCCGAACACCGGGAAGCAGACAACCUUCGCCAUCUGAAGAGGAUUUGACCAAGAAUCACAGCCCGGGAUUGCCGAUUUCACACUCAGGACCCAUUAAACCUGGAGACGGUAUGGGCCUGCCUCCUAAUAAUUCUCAUAACACCAUGGUUGGAUCAUUGACGGGGCCUAUCCAAGGAUCAGGAAUGUCUAACGGUAUUGGUCCCAUGAGUGGACUUGUCAAUGGAGGAGGACCACCUGGAUUGGGGCUAUCGUCCAGCGGAACAGUCGAUGGACAUAACAACCAUUACGAACCGGUGAUGAUGGAGCAGCCGGGAGUGCACUUUGACAGCAGUUAUUCAGUGCUCUCUACCAUGGAUACUCAAUCCUCAGGAAUGCUCCAGCAGAAUUUUGACGCUCACAUGUUCCGAGCGCAUCAUCACCAGCAGCAACAACAACAUCAGGCCCAACAGCAUCAGCAGCAACAACAACAACAGCAACAACCUCCGCUUCCACCGCCGCCACAGCAACAACAUCAGCAGCCGCAGCAGGUCCAGCUUCUUGCCCAACAACAAUUUCUAGCAGCUCAGCAACAACAACUUGGACUAGCAGGUCCAGCAGGUGGCCCAGCUUACCCAAAUGCACCGUACGUUAUCAAUCAAGAGCCGUACAUGCAAACUUUGAUUGCAGGUCACGCAGCAAUGAUGCCACAGUACUAUGGCAUGGCGCCAUGGGGGAUGUACCCAGGAGUCAUCCCGCAAGGGCCUGGUGCUCCUGGUCAAGUAGCACCCGGUCAACAUCAACAGGGCCAACCAAGACGGCCGAUGUCACCCAAUUCGCUUACUGAUCAUCCGCCUGUCCACCAACCAGGUCAAUAUCAGGUCAUCCCAGCGUAUUAUGACCAAAAUGGAUCACUGGUGAUGGGUAACAUGAGAGGGAUCGGAAAUGGUGGCAUGAACGGUCCCGUUCGCUUGAUGUCGCCCGCUCCAAUGGUAAUGCAAAAUCCAAGUGGUCCAAAUUCGGGCAAUAUGAGACUGUUGGGCAAUCAAGGACAACAAAUGUCUGCAGCAGCCCAACAGCAACAACAGCAGCAGCAACAACAACAACAACAACAACAGCAGCAACAACAGCCAUCGCUUUACAAUAAUGGCCAGCAGCAAUCUCUGUACAGCAACACCCCGGGUCCGUCGGCUUCGCACUCUCACAACGGUCCCAACAAUCCAGGCCUUGGCGGCCUGCAGAACAUGCAACCAAACUCUGGGUUGGGAAGUAAUUUUGGAGCCUUGGGAUUGCAGCAAAGCAACAGCCUGGGAUUCGGUAAUAGCGCUUUGGGAUCGAUUGGUUCCCCGUCAUUAGGCCUUGCGAAUGGACAAGGGAGACGCGACUCUUUUGAUCGGAAUUCAACGUCAACUUUCUCACCGUCUUUGGGUGAAUAUGGCAGAGGAAAGUGGCCCCAAAAUUACGGUGCCCUCGGAACCGUCACUGCUUCUCCUGGCCCGCUAGGCUUAUCGUCUGGCUCGUUGACUCCGCCGCCUAACAUGAGUGGAGCCUCCUCUGGGCUUCAACUCGGUUUAGGUCCGUUUGUUUCUGGCGGGCGGCUCAUGUCGGCUGCUCCAGGAUCAGAGAUGAUGAAGUUCCGCAACGGAGCUACCACGCCCAGCAGCGUUGGAGCCGGAGGUCUGUUUGGAGCGGGGGCGGGCGGUUCACUAUUUGCCAAGAUGGGAGGUGCUGGCCGCCAGCCACAACAUCCUCACAACGGAGUCAUUGGCGUCGGCCUCGACAAGAUGACGGGACGAUCAAGGCUACUGGAAGACUUCCGGAACAACCGCUUCCCCAAUCUCCAAUUGCGCGACAUUGCCAACCACAUUGUAGAGUUCUCUCAAGACCAGCACGGAUCGCGCUUCAUUCAGCAGAAAUUGGAACGAGCUACGCCAGCCGAAAAGCAGAUGGUCUUCACUGAGAUCAUAGUCGGCACGUACGCGCUCAUGACGGACGUCUUCGGCAAUUACGUCAUUCAAAAAUUCUUUGAAUUUGGCUCGCCAGAGCAGAAGAGUACACUGGCACAGAAGAUUCGUGGCCACGUUCUGCCAUUGGCCCUCCAAAUGUACGGCUGUCGUGUCAUUCAGAAAGCACUUGAAUCAGUGCCAUCGGAUCAACAAAAAGAAAUCGUUCGCGAGCUAGACGGACACGUUCUCAAAUGUGUCAAGGAUCAGAAUGGUAACCACGUGGUGCAGAAGUGCAUCGAAUGCGUCGACCCCAUGCAGCUUCAAUUCAUAAUAGACGCAUUUGAAGGGCAGGUUCUUUCGCUGUCCACGCAUCCUUACGGAUGCCGCGUCAUUCAACGCAUACUUGAGCAUUGCACUCCAGAGCAGACAUCUCCGGUAUUGAACGAGCUGCAUCACAAUACGGAAACCCUUAUCCAAGAUCAAUACGGAAACUAUGUGAUCCAACACGUUUUAGAACACGGCAAGCCCGAGGACAAAUUGCGGAUCGUCACAGCCGUGAAGGGCAAGGUGCUGUCGUUGUCGCAGCACAAGUUCGCCUCCAACGUGGUGGAGAAAUGCGUCUCGCACGCCACUCGAUCCGAGAGAGCAAGUCUCAUUGACGAGGUGAUCAGCUUCAACGACGCGAGUCCGCACAGUCCCCUACACACCAUGAUGAAGGAUCAGUAUGCCAACUACGUCGUGCAGAAAAUGAUUGAUGUGGCCGAGCCGUCGCAGCGCAAACUGCUCAUGCACAAAAUCCGACCGCACGUCUCCACGCUCCGCAAGUAUACUUACGGCAAACACAUUCUCGCCAAACUGGAAAAAUAUUUCCUCAAGAAUAACGUCGAUUUGGGACCUAUUGGACCCCCGUCGAAUGGAGUCAUCGGAUGAAGCAAAAGCAGCAACACCACCGCUACAAACAGCCAACGACAACAUUAUUAAAAACUACGACAGUUAACAACAACAAGACAAAAAAAAAACACAUCUUGGUUUAAAAAUUCUCAACUUUUGGUUCUCUUUUUCCUCCCUCUCCCAUCUUCUCAUAAAAAUGCGUUGUUUUGAUUGGGAAGCCAACACCAUUUUUGUUAUUAUUAAUUUUUUUUCUUUUUUUAAGUUGACGGAUAUAAAUCAAUUUUUUGUGGGUAGGGAAAGGAAACGGGCAAGUUCUUUCUGGUUUUGUCAAGGGUAAAAAGUAACGUUCAAAACUUUCUUGGAUUUCUCAACUGACCAUUUGUACCAUACGUUGUGGUAGUGUACAUUGUACAGCUUUUUCCUUACAUGUGUACAUUGUACAGGAAAUUUCCCUUCGUAUUUUUUUACUUUAAACCUUUUUUUUUCGACUUCAUCUAUCCUCAUUCAAUCGACUGGUCCGCAUCCUCCCCUCACCAUCCUCCAACUCUGCAUGAUAUUACGUUAUAAAGUCGGAAGGGGGAAGAAAUAACUUUUCUCUUCCACCGUCUCAUUCGAGUUUCUCUUGGAUUCUCGAUCGGUAUUUGAUGGAUUGUGUCGAUAAGUUUCGCGGCUGUGAAUCAUCAAUCCACCGAAAAUGAAAACAGCUCUGUGUUUGAUUCUUUUCCUCUCUCCCAGAUGUUCACUUCAAUUCGCUAGAUUUAAAGGGGUCGGUUUAGAUCGCCAUCUUGGUGGUCCAUUAUUUGAUCACUUCCUUUUUACCCACUUCGUGUCUACGCUGAGUUGCGCUUGCUUAUUGAUUUUGUUUUCUCUGCUUCUGUGUUUCUUCGUAAAUUUCUACAAGCUACACACUCCGUUUGGGAGAUUGGAGGUGCCGUUGCCAAUCAAGAAAAACGAAACAACUCCCUUCACCACGAUUUGUUUAUUUCAUUUUUUUUUUGUUCCUUGUUUUGUUCAUUGCUUCUCCCUUCCUUCAUUGACUUGAGAAAUGACAUCAAUUUCCCCUUACUUGAUCCCAAAACAGAAUUUCCCAUCCUCAAUUAGCGUUUUGGUUUUCUGUAAAGUGUACAGCGGCAAAAGUGAAAAGAGCGAACCUUUUCCAUUAUUUUACAUAACAAAAACCAAGCGAAGUAAAAACAGUGGAAAGAUUUUUGAAGAAAAAUGCUCUUUUCUCUCCUUUUUCUCCACCCAUCGACUGUAAAUUUACGUUGUGUGCGGCAGUCAAGCUGUGUGGUGUGACCCCCACACACUCAUUCGCUACGAUACGUCACCAACUUUGUGGGUCCUUUUUUUGCGGAUUUCUCCAAAACUUUCAACUCCUCGAUUUCCUAUUGUUUUUUUUCUUUUUCAGUUGUAGAACGCCGGUCCGCUUCGUAGAUUUCCUUUAUUGCUGACGCUACUUGGUUUAUUUCAAAUUCUUUGCUCUUUAUCCCGUGGAUUCUUCUCACACGGACCAAUAUUUUGUGAAUUGUUUCUUUUUUUCUCUUUAAUUCUCACCAACUUCCUUUUGGACAUUUGUCCCUUCUUUUCUUGUGUAGCUCUCCCCUUCCUACAAUCCCUUGGUUUUUGCGUCAGUUAUUUCCUGAUUUUGGCUUUUAUUUCGACCUUUAUUAUUAGAAUGUAUCCUUGUAACCGCUGGUGUUAUGUAUUGAAAUUACGAAAUGCUGUAAAAAAUAUCACUAGUGCUCUUUCCUCCCCUAUCCCACCCCCCUUGUAAACAUGAUUCAUGUACAAAAAAUCGUCCCCUCCAGAAUUCGCUCUUCGACAUCCCACAUCCGCUUCCUUCCUCAAAUCCUUUUUUUCUGGAAAAUCAACGCUUCUCUCUUUCAAUCUCUCCAUCGAAAAGACAGUUUUCCUUUUUUUUAAUAUUAAAUUCUGUGGUUGGAAAAAAGACAACACCUCCAUAUGUAUUUCCGUAAUAGCACACACUCUUUGUGCAACCGACUUUACCCUCUUUCAUUUUUGAAAAAAAUACAUCCCGAAUAUAUGCGUUGGAA